CAUUCGAAUUAGACGACAAACACUUUAUUAGUACGUUUCGUUUGUCAAAGGAAUUUGUGCAUUUUUUAAUUGAACAUUUGGCACCACACAUGAACAUAAAUCCACAUCCAAAUAGUUUAAGUGCAGAAACUAAAAUAUUCACAGCACUUUUAUUCUAUGCUACUGGAAGCUAUCAACGAUUAAUCGGACAAAGUUACAAUAUUUCUAUAAGCCAGUCGUCGGUUUCCAAUUGUGUAAAGGAAGUAUCGCAACUUAUAUAUACUCAUCUACGGAAUGAAUACAUAAAAUUUCCAACAACAGCUGUAGAAAAACAAAUUGUUAAACAACAAUUUAUGGAAAACACUCAAUUCCCUGGUGUAAUAGGAGCAAUAGACUGCACUCAUAUUCGAAUCCUUGCACCUUCAGUUGAAGAGCACAACUAUGUUAACCGGAAGGGAUUUCAUUCGAAAAAUGUACAAAUUAUAGUGUACCUGGAUCUCGUGAACACAAGAAGGCAUUGUUCUGCAAGAAAUUGUGUAGAGUGUUGCAUUGGUGUGUUCAAAGCCAGAUUUCGUUGCAUUCUAGGGGAGAGAGGACUACGAUAUAGCCCUUAUUAUGUAGGGGUGAUAGUAGUUGCUUGUACGGUUUUACAUAAUCUUUGCAUUCAGUAUAGAUUACCUGAGAACAACUUGGACAUACCAAACAUUGAAAAUAUUAGAAACGAACAUGUAAUUGCUCAAAAUUUUGAUAAUUUAGUGGAAGGUAGAAGGAUCAGAGACAAUGUAAUUCGUAGAUACUUUAAUUAG